AUGACCACCUCCCUGCGCAAGAAACAUGACAUGAUCAAGCUCAAGAUCGCCAAACGGAACGCUGCGCAGCUCCAGGCCCAGCUUGGAGCCCAACUCAAUUCCCAGCUCUUGCCCAAAAUUGAACUCCGGAAUCUUGAAAACGAGGACCUUCUCCGGACUUGCAGUGCUCUAAAACUGCAGAUCUUCGAGGGACAUGUGGAUGAGUUCAUCCAUUACUUGCCGGGCCAGGAUGAGGGGCUGUUGGUGGGGCUGAUAAGUCUGAAGGAGUACCAGGAGCAUUGCAACCGAGUUUCAGGCUCAGCCUGUUGGGGUGGCCAGCUUGAAAUUCUCGUGCUCUGGAAGGUGCUGAAAGUGGCUAUCCAUGUUUUCCAAGUGUUCCCUCCUUCCAUCAAAGUAUCUCAAAAGUUCCUCAAACCCCGGGAUAGCAAGGCCCUCACAAUCUCACCCCACCAUAAAUUGUGUGGCCUUUGA